CGAAGAUGCUGUCGAUAAAUGUUGUUGCACAAGACGACCGGCUUGUUACACUUUUCCUGGAAGAAGACUGGACAUUGGCUAAAUUGCGUACACUAGUUGAACAACAUUUUAAUAUACCUGCUGAUUCGCAGUAUUUACUGUUAUACGGCUCACCUCUGAACAAUGAUGUUCUUACCGUUAAGGAGCUAGGCAUUAAAACAAAUGAUGUCAUUUACGUAAUAUACGUACCGCGAGCUGCGAAUAAUGCCUAUUCAUCUGCUCCAAUUAAACAAAAUGAUAUUCCAUCGGAUUUCGAAACUAGUUUACAAAAUAAGGCAAGGCACUUUCUUAAAUUUUACCUUCCAAAUCCCUUGAAAAUGGAUGCUCUGAAGUAUGAAUUCCCUGAUGUCUACGAAGCUGUUAGAACAGGUGAAAUUGAACAGGUAGUAGAAGCUCUGAGGAAAAUACAUCUAGAGGAAUUGGAAAAGAAGAAGAAGCGACAGGCGGAUCUUAUCCGUGCUUACAACAAUCCAUUGACCCCGGAAUCACAACAAAUUAUACAGGAGAGUAUCCAACAAGAACGUAUUGAAGAAAACCUGAUCUCUGCACAGGAGCACCUGCCGGAAUCAUUCUACAAGUGUUCCAUGUUAUUCAUACCCGUACAAAUAAACGGUGUCAAUCUGGAAGCAUUGGUUGAUACUGGUGCACAAAAUUCGGUAAUGAGAAUUGAUUACGCGGAAAAGUGUAAUCUACUUAAUAUCAUUGAUCGCAGAUUCCAAGGCGUGGCUGUUGGCAUCAGCAAAGAGAGAAUCAUUGGUAAGAUACACAUGGCGCAAAUGAAGAUAGGGAACCUGUUCUUGUUGUUCUCAUCAUCGGUAAUCGAACAGCUGAACGUUGGCUUCAUAAUUGGACUUGACAUCAUGAGGCAAUACCAAUGCGUAGUUAGCCUAAAGGAGAACAUACUAUAUCUCGGAGAGGAGAAAGUUCCGUUCAUGGCAGAAAAGGAUGUGGUUAACGGGACCAGCUUCUUCUCUGACGCGGAGGCAGACACAGAAGUUGAACCGGUAAACCCCGGAAAAGCCAACAGCAUCAAAGCAAUAACCACCACAGAAGGGGGUUCAACUUCUAUAGUCCAUAAACAUGAAGAUCAACCAUCAGAUGAGAGUGUAAAUAAGGUUAUUGAAUUACUGAGCGUAUCGCGAGAAAAAGCGAUCGCACUGCUGCAAUCAACAGACGGGAACGUCGACAUGGCAGUGAGACUCUACCUCGACGAACAUUACGAUUAACCAAGCCACAGU